UGAGUAACCCAUGAAAUGAAUCCAACACCUAGUCCUGGCAUAUCUUUGACAAGUGCGAAUGCUCCAAACGUUGCGUUUCAUAUCCAAACCCCAAAAGAUUUCUUCACUGCCAGACUGCGACCCAAGAUUUUCAUCUCGUUUUCAUGCAAUACCUUUCUCUACCCUUAUCUCUCACUGUCUAUAAAUAUAUGCACAUUUCCCCUUUCAUUUCCAGCCAUCACCACUACCAUUGAAAAGCACCCUCCUCUUCUUUGCUGGCUCUUUCUUUCUUUCUUUCUUUCUUUCUUUCUCUGUCAAGAAAAAGCCAGAAGAGAUUUUUUAACCUUUCUUUCAUUAGCUAUCACAAAAGCCAGAAGGGAAAAAAGAAAGAAAAAAAUGGCCGUGAAUUAUGCAGUUCAAGCUUAUUUCACAGUGAUAUUAUUAUAUAUAACCCGUUUAAUGUCCACAGGAAAAUCCAAACUCCUACCGCCUAAGCUCUUAACCCUUGAUUUCUCUGAGAGAAUCCGCACAGACACUUCAGCCAUUGAAUCAGCCUCUAGAGAUUACGGUAAUAUUGUCCACGAAAGCCCAGUCGCAGUUCUGUAUCCAUCCUCCGUACAAGACAUCGUGAGUCUAAUAAAAUUCGCCUACAAUUGUUCUGUUCCUUUUACAGUAUCUGCUAGAGGCCGCAGCCAUUCUGUAUUUGGACAGGCUAUGGCUCCUAAAGGAGUAAUAAUAGACAUGAUGCAUCUAAGGAAUCAUAGGGAGAAGACUGGAGUUAUAGUCUCAAAGAACCCUUCACUGGGUUUUUACGCAGAUGUUGGAGGCGAGCAGCUAUGGAUUGAUGUGUUAAAAGCCACAAUGGAGCAUGGACUUGCACCGGUAUCGUGGACCGAUUACUUGUAUCUCACAGUUGGAGGGACUCUCUCUAAUGCAGGAAUUAGUGGACAAAGUUUUCGAUAUGGACCUCAGAUCAGCAACGUCUAUGAAAUGGAUGUUGUCACUGGAACGGGAGAGCUUGUCACUUGCUCUGCACAUAGGAAUUCAGAUCUAUUUUAUGCUGUUCUGGGGGGCCUAGGCCAAUUUGGAGUCAUAACCAGAGCUAGAAUAGCUAUAGAGCCAGCACCAAAGAAAGUUAAGUGGGUACGGAUGCUUUACAGCGAUUUCUCUGCUUUCACCAAAGACCAAGAACGUUUAAUCUCAAUCAAUGGAAGGAAACAAAGCAAUGCACUUGAUUAUGUGGAAGGUUCACUUCUUAUGAACCAAGGCCCUCCAAAUAAUUGGAGAUCUUCCUUUUUCCCUUCCUCUGAUAUCCCCAGAAUAAUGUCCCUUGUAACCCAACAUGGCAUCAUCUACUGUCUAGAAGUGGCCAAGUAUUAUGAUGAUACAACCCAACAUUCUGUGGCCAAGGAACUUCAACAAAUGUAUGAAGGGUUAAGCUUCAUUGCCGGAUUUAAGUUGGAGAAAGAUGUGUCGUAUGUGGAGUUUUUAGAUAGAGUGAGAAGUGGAGAACUAAAGCUUCAAUCUCAAGGACUAUGGGAUGUUCCUCAUCCAUGGCUAAAUAUUUUUCUGCCAAAAUCUCGUAUUUCUGACUUCAAUUCAGGUGUUUUCCAGGACAUUGUUCUUAAACGAAACAUUACCACAGGACCUGUCCUUAUUUACCCCAUGAACCGAAACAAGUGGGAUGAUCGAACUUCUGCAGUUAUACCAGAUGAGGAAGUUUUCUACACAGUGGGAUUUUUGCAUUCAAGUGGAUUUGAUGACUGGCAGAGGCAUGAUGAUCAGAACAAAGACUUGUUAAAGUUCUGUGAAAAAGCUGGAAUCAAGGUUACUAAGUAUUUUCCAAAUUACAAAACUAAAGAAGAAUGGAUCAACCAUUUUGGCUCCAAAUGGACAACUUUCCAAGAGAAUAAAUAUCUAUUUGAUCCAAAAAUGAUGCUAUCACCAGGCCAGAGAAUUUUCAAUUGACCUCUAAGCAUUAGCUUUUAGUACAAAGUAUUGCAGGCAUUUCAUGUUUUAUUAGUGAGGCAAGAAAAUAAAAAAAAGAAAAAAGAAAAAGGUUGCACGACGACAAGACGUUGUUGCUGUUAGAAGUUGACAGGUUGUAAAUAUUAAUAUAUUACAAGGAAGGAGGAAUCAACUGAGGAACUUCUUAAA